ACUAAACUUUAUCGUGUUUGUGAUUUUCUGUUUUUGUUUUCAUCAGUUUUCUUUUCACUUUACUCUCAUGUAUUUUUCUUUUCCAAUGUAUUAAAUUACUGUUGGAUAUUAUAAAAUACAAAAAUGAUUUCGAGAUUCCUAGGAUGGUUUAGCCUAGUGUCCGUUAUAACGAUUGCCUUACUGGGUUUUGGAUUUUAUCUUACAUUGUUAACAUUUUUGGUUUCCUUUUUAAUUGGGGUCUUAACUAUUUUGUACUUGAGCUAUGACCACAAGAAGGUAUUUUCUGCUGAUAUUGAUUGUUUAGAUGAUCCAUUGCAACAGACAAACUUUUCAAUACAAUCUGCAAAGAUACUAGAUUUGUUUGAAAAUGAACGACCCUUGCUUAAAUUUGACAGUAGAAUUACUGGCAGUGAAACUGUUGACUCGUUUAUCAACGAAAUAAUCUCAAUCAUAAUCAACGACUAUGUCACAACAUGGUAUGAGGUUGUUACGGAUGACCAGGAGUUUACCUCACAUUCUAUAAAGAAGCUGGUGGUUGCUGCGGGGGCUAAUAUAGCCAACAGAGUGAAAUGUGUAGAUUGGGUCCAUCUACUCUCUACAAGAUUUCCUGAAGAACUGACAGUACAUUUGAAACUGUUCAAGCAAUCGAGAGUUAGAUUAAAACACUUGCAGCUACUGAGUGCCAAAGAGGUGAAUGGUACCUCAAAACCAAGUCCAAAGAAACAGGAAGACAAAAAGACACAUAGGAGAAAUAAAAGUGAAACUGAUUUGACAUGGCCUCCAGAUUCCCAGUCAUUUGGAAAAUCUAAAUUUUAUAGUAGCUCAGAGAAUAUAGGCAGUAGUAAUUUAAAAGAUCUAUUUUUUGAUUUGGAAUGUUCGAUGGAGAAUAAACAAAUAUGUCGCGAUACAUUUUGUACAGACUCUGAAAAAGAAUAUGCAUUGCUCUGUGAGGUGUCAGAAGCUGUGUUGUACCUGGUCGCGCCAGAGGAGGCGUGGAAGUGUCACGCGAUGAAGUUGCUCCUAAUUGACCUGCUGUCCGCGAUUGUCUUGAAACCUUUGAUCAAUCUGUUGAGUGACCCUGACAAUAUCAAUAGAGCUAUUAUUAGAUCUUGUUGCAGAGACUCCUGCCUGUCUUCGGAAUUAUUUCUGCUGGUUAUUAGAUCAUGUGGUGACGCUGAGGAAUUAGAUGCCACGCUCGAACUUGUUCAGAAGGAUAUACAGAAACUGCAUUCAAGAGAUAGUGCAGGGGAAUGGGAGCUACAGGAUCGCCAAAAGUUGUCUUCUCUGCAGUAUUUGUGUAGAAUAAUUCAAGCCAGACGUGCUACUUUGGGACCACAGGAAGGCGCAUCAAAUAGUAGCAAUACAGAAACAGUUUCAGAAGAAGUAUUAAGGACAUUGAAAUUUCUUAGAGCCAUCGCUGCGUGGAAAUCCAAUGCGCAAUACUUAUUGGAGAUCGAGUUGAAUGAAGCAGACGCCCCACAAACAUCAAAAGCUGUAAUCGACAACCUCCGUUCGUCAGCGCUGGAACUGUGUGAUACAUAUCUAGCGCCAAGCCGUGCGCCGAUAUUGGGCGCCCCUGAGAACUGCCACGCCGAACUAGUCCGUAAAAUAACCACUGAAGGCGAAGAGUUUACGAAUAAUCCUGUGGCAUGCUUUGAAGACAUGCAGAAGUGUGUAUCUGACGCUUUGGAGGACGACCCGUCAUGGCAAGCCGACUUUAUGAUGGAAAAUGAGCAGACCGGAUCAAAUAGCGCAAUAAAUAGUGACCAUAGAGAGACUAAAGCGGAAACUCCCAAAUAUACUGGCGACAUGGUCACACCAGUCGUUGGAACCAGGCAUAAUCGCUCGAGAUCGGAUAUUGUUGGGAGCUUCGCGCAAAAACUGGUCAAUGAAAAUGCAGGUCCAUCGAAUUUAAAAUCGGCAAAUACGAGUAGUUUAUCAUUAUCUCACUCGGCGAUAAGUCAGAGCGCUAAAAACUUGAUGUCGCCCUUGACAGCGUAUAUUAUUGAAACAGCAUUAGUGCAAGAUAAAGGUAGAACGUUCGGAAUAUACGCGAUCGCAGUGACAAGAGCUUCAGAUAACGAAGUUUGGCACAUAUACAGGCGAUAUAGCGACUUUUACGACCUACACGCUGCUAUCAAAGACAAGUGGCCGGAGCUAGGUCAUCUCCCUUUCCCGGCUAAGAAGACAUUUCAGAACACGUCUCGAAGUGUGCUGGAGAGUCGAAAACGCAUGCUGAACAACUAUUUGCAAAGUUUGACGAGCAUAUCAAGGGAUGCUAGAUAUAUGACAUUGUUGUCUUCGGAGUACUUAGGAGGAUUUCUUAGUCCAGAAAUUCAGACUGAAAGGCACGGCAACUCGAUUGACGCCCUUUUAGUGAAUUCGAUAAAGGCUGGCAUGAGAACAUUGAAGAGUAUGCCAGACCAGUUCGCUAAUACUGUGGAUGGAGUAAUGGAUGGUAUUUCAAAAGUGUUUCAAGGAAAAGGUGGUGAAAACUAUGAAAACUUCAAGGUUGGGGCUUCAUCUGAUAUUCAAGAUGAUGGAGAUGAGAGCGUGCCCUUGCGGUUAUUGGAAGAAGUGUUAGGAAUCCGAGGACUUUGGCUGAGGAGACGACUUCUUGCGCCACUAAGGACUAUGAUAGCUGAUCGCGUUAAUAAAAAAGUAUUAGAAUUCGUUUCCUCGUUGACAUCGCCUCGGAACAUGGUCCAAUACUUAAAAACUUUUAAACAAUGGUUGACCAAUAGAAAUAAUCCUGGCGUGGCGCCGAGAGAUCUUGCAACGAAAGCCAGAACUAGGGUGGCCGCAAAAGUUGCGCUUCUGUCGGCAGCUUCAGAUGACCUUAAACAUAUAGUAGGAACGGACGCCGCACGUAGAGGCCUUCUAACAGUAUUCGAUCUAUUCCAAACGCAAGAGAUCAACAGGAGAUUGCUGUUUGUGUUACUUGAAGUGACGUUAUGCAACUUAUUCCCUGACAAUCAAAUUCCGGAUAUGUUCAAGAAGUUGUAUUCCACUUCACCUAGAGUGCCUGUUGCAAAGAAAUCAGUUAAUGUAUGAUCGAAUAUAGUCUAAAUCUAUUCUUAAAUAAAAUACAAUCAAGUCAAUUGUAUUGUAAAAUAAUAGCGGAAUUACAGUUUACUAUGGCGUUCGGACUGGCGAUCAAUUUACGAAAUUAGUGAAGUGUAAAUGACCGAUGUUAAGUUUGCCUGUCCUCGGAUAAGUUUCAUGGUUAUAAGGUCGAAUUCGGGUUAAACUAGCUGGUUAACGGUCAUGGCCGACAGUGUUUAGAUUAUUUUAAAACGCGUCGGGUUUCGGGUAGUUAAAAAGUUCGGGUAAGGUCAUUCGGGUACUCGAUUCGGAUACCUGAAAUUUAAUUCCACCAUAUUCAUAUAACUGCGUUCUCGUAACUGACCAGUUUAUUGGUUCGCAGUGUUCCUUAAACUUUUAAGGGGUUCAACUAAAGGUGGACUUUCGAGUCGAGCGUCUGUGGCGUUAGUGGCGCCGCGACAGAGCGGCAGAUGUACAGUGCCACAAGGAUCUUUUGGCGCGUGGCCAAAAACGGAACUAAAGCCGCCAUCUUGUGAAGUGUCACGCUGUCCCCUUGUAUGUAGUGUUGCUAAAUAAAAAAUCUGAAAACCACUGUUUUUUUUUAAACAAAAGGGCCAUUCCGUAUACAUUAACAUCACGAUAUACUGUUAAUAGGUACAGCACGAAUGUCUCUUACAAAUGUAUAUAGCACUACGUAAUCAUAGUAUUUGAGAGACUCCUCAGACGCUCGACCUUCUAAAUGGUAAUUUUCUAUUCCUCGUGCCACCUAAUCUAAAUGUUUUGUUUGAUAUACUGUCAUAAUAAGCCAUUCUCAAUUUAGAUCUAAAACCAAUAAGUAUUAAUAAUAUUAAGUUAAUUAAAUAAACAACUUUCCUUUCCAUUAAUAUCGUCAUAAAAAGUUCAAGUAACAAAGCUCUAAUGUCUUGUGAAAUAGGUACUUAUUAUUUAGUGCCUUUUUAGUAUUAUUGAAAUUGUUUUUAUGUGACCAUUUCGUUACAUUUGUGUUCGUUGUAUUUCUAAGAGAUAUUUGUAUUACAAUUUGACAUUACCAAAUUUCGAGAUGCCAUUCUAUAUAAGUUUCAUUGGUAACUUUUGCUGUAUAUUUAAAUAUUUUCGAACAUAGUUAGAAAUCUUCAAAAGUGUAUCUAAAUAAUAAAGAAGUUUAAAAUAUUUAUUAUUCCUGUACUAUUGUUAUAUUGAGCUGUUUUUCUUGCAGUUAGUUAGAAUUACGAAUUAGGCUCAAGGCAGAUUGCGGUAGACGCGAAGUGACGCGUUGUUUCUCAAUCAAUGUUACAAAGAAAACUGACUCCAUUUCCACUACAUAAUAUGCUGUGUAAAGCAAAAUGAAAACAUGAAGUGCGGAAGCGAGCAUCCAAAUGUUUUUUUUUUUAAAUUGUCCUUUUGUUAAGUUUGCUCCUCACAGAUAUUAAAUUAUGUACAAUUGCAUAGUGAAGAUAAUAUAUUUUAAUUUACUUGCAAUAUUUCAUUCAGAGAUGACGCGUUGCAUAAUGACUCACCCGCAAUGUGGCUUGGGCCUGGUACUAGUUAAAACGGUGCUUUCGUUGCGAGUUGAAAAGCGAUUUCCUAGUUAAAGUUUACGAUAACUUAACGAGUUACUGGUCUGUGGACAUGUUAGCCGUAACAUAAUGUUUGGCUAUAGAUUAGUCGGGCGUGCGAAAACAGGCCUAUCAUUCUAUGAAAUUUCAAUCGCAAAGGACUUCUUUCAUAGUAUAUAAUUUUGGACUAUUUUUUUUUUCCAGCUAGUAAUACCUAUAAUAUAUCUACAAACCU